GUGUCGACUGUCGAACGACAAAAAUUAUUGCAUUUCCGGUCACGUUGUCAAUCAGUAAAGAGCUGUAGCCUUUCAUUUCGUUUCUUCAAUUAAAAUAAAGAAUAAACUGCGAUGGCUCAACGUCAGCAACCUUCUACUUCGGUGAAACACCAAAACUUUGUUAAAGAGCCAAUGGGUAAUAAGCCAGUAAACCAUUUGCCCGGUAUCGGCCAGGUGACCAGUGCCCGAAUGAACGAGAGAAACAUUACUCAGGCGUCUCAAGUUUACGGAAAGUAUCUGGUCGAAAGUCGCAAUCCUGUCGCAUUCGAAAACUGGAUGAAAAAUGAUUUUAACGUCGACAGGAACCGAGCAAGGCAAUGUUCAAAUGCGGUGGAUAGUUAUUAUAAGGAGUUCAAUUAAUAUGUUCAUCUUUUGCUGUAUGAAUUUUCAAUAAAGGUUUUUUGUACUUUCUUAUAAAAAGUCACAUGCUAA